AUGAUGGCCCCCCCCGCUGAUUAUCCGCUCCAAACACAACACGAGACCAGCCCAACCAGUCAAUUACAAUUCAAAAAGCACAAGAUUCUUCCACGACCUCGAUCCGAAAGGACCUCCGAAUUACCGAUUCGAGUUUCUAGCCCUUUAAUCAGACAUGACCUGGCUACCAACAGUUCUGUUUCUGGCAAUGGAAAGCAUCCAUCGAGCCCACGAACUCUCAAACAUCAGUCGCGAAGGAUAAGUAGUGGUCCAGAUCUACCACCAACCCCGCCGAGACAUUCGCGCCAGCCGUCGGAGAACUCUUCUGGCAAGACAAAUAGCCCAGCUGCGACCGAUAUCGCAUUACGAACUCCCCAGCCAUCACAUCUGCGUCCACCCACCACGCCUCCUAAUCAGAAGAGCCCGCCUACGCCCGAUGUGACGCCGCCUCAUUCCACAAGUCGCCCGCAAUUACUAAGGCCCAUUGCUAGUGACCGUGCUGGUUCAAGUACUACAGCUGGUGAAUCGCAAUCUGGUUCCUUCACAACUGCGCGAGAAGAGCCUUUAUCAUCCGAAGACGAAGACAAGUCUGUUGUCAAUCAGAGUUCACGACCAACUGUACGCAAGAUCUUUGACCCAGAUUCUCGUGUCGACAGGUCUGAAAACCUCGGUUUGGCUUUGGGCAACCUGGCACCUCACUCGGAAGGGAGCAGUACGUCCAGGUCACCAGCAGGAGAUUGGGCUCAUAACGACAGCGACUGGGGCUCUGUCAGUGAGGUAGAGCAAGAAUGGGACCACAAUUUGCAAAGACUGGUGACUGUGAAGAAGAGGCCUGAAGCACUUCUUAUGCCUCGUUUAAGCCCAAACAGGGCGAGAGUCGUGGAGCCCAACUCAAUCAUACCGACACAAGCAGCUAAAGCUGUGCGCGGAAUGCCUUUGCACCAAACGACAGAGACACCGACGGAGACACUUCCGCGAGGCACCUCGAGCCGUGAUAUCCCCCCCUCGGCUACAUCAACCACAAUCGCAACCUCUGACCCACGUAGGAUGUCGGCCGUCUCUACUAAAUCCACUGUCUCGACUGUUGUGGAGGCCUAUCUUUUGGACACAGUCCCCAAGAGGCAGAGGACAUUGCGUCAUGUGCGAAAACAGACCAUUCUGAGAGACUCCACCAAUGAGUCUUCCACCUCAAUCGGAACCUCUCCAAAGUCGGACAGAUCGCGUACUGAUUCAUGCGAUCGAAACCGUUCAAUUGCUCCGAAGUCAGAAAGCCAAUACUCGAACGCGACACUUAAUUCUAUCUCCAGCAGUAGGGCUCGACGCGAAGUCUGGAAAGCAGGGGGCAUACCUGUGGUGGUUGUUCCUAGUCGACUAUCAUCACACAAAACCAAGUCCAGAGAGCCGUCACUGAGGUCGCACUCUAGCCGAAAGUCGAGCCGCACCACCAGCGCCAGCCCUACGCUGAACGGUAGAUCAACGAAAGAUGAGCCUCCCAUUGUGCGGCGUCAAUUGAGAGGUCGAUCUUACUCCACGUCCGAAAGCUCUGAUGAGAGAACCAUGGACUACCCACCUAUCGUGCCUGCUCGCUCGUCCUCUCUAUCGGCUCCUACUAGCCGUAACGGUUCAAGAGCCAGUUCCCUGACAACGGAGAGUAUGAAGCUUCAUAACGCCUUGCAGGAAUACCUGAACAAGAAGAAGGACAUACCUAGAGUGCCCGAUCUUCGCUUCUCAGAAGACACGCCAGGGGCACGAACGUUUUCCAAUGCCUCAGAAAGUCACCGUCGGUCAGGUUCUGAACGCCAUGACGACUUCUUGAACACAAAGGGACAUGGCUCACAAAACACUCCAUUUUCGUUGGCUUCAGUCGAUACAAAUGGGACCAAUCCAGUGGUAUCAGAAGCGCUCGCAGUGCAGAUGUACCCACACCAGAACUCGUCCCUAUUGAUGAUAGAUCAUUCGACGAAACCCUCUGAGUCGCCAGACGAGACCCAAUCGGAGGCAGAGGAAGAUCUGGAUGUGCCAAUGCCGACUGAUUCCUCGGAGGACAUUCCAACCACACCUCCUCAGCCAAAGUUUUCUCUUGACGAUGUCGACUCUCCUCUCCGAAAUCCGCGAGCGCCUCCCGAGCCACCUAGCCACCCACCAGUUAUCAACUUCAUCCCUGCCACCCCAUCAGGAACGACUCCAGCUCAUGAGAAAAUGGCACAAAUGGGCAACUACUUUGAGUCGAUGAACGAAAAACCCCCUCGUCGUCCUUCUGUGGUACGCCGCGCUUUCAAUCGUACACGACGCCACUCGGUUGAUUAUACAUCGUCCACUCGAAGACCUUCGAGCUUCUUGUCGCGCACUCUGUCCCUUUCGCGUAUCGGGAGGAUAAGAGGAAUGCCCACUAUGGAACGUGAACCAGCGUAUCUUGGCUCCGACGAUAGCCCCGUGGAAGAAAACAAAUUGCACCCUUUUUGGCGCCCUCAGUGGUCUAGUGAGGACUCAGACGAGUGCGACGGAUACUGUGACGAUGACUGUGAUCUGCACUGGUCAGAUGAACUCCGUGAUCAGACCUACCAAUAUCCUCCGGUAGACAACCGACCGAAAGGACCUCAGAGAAGCUUCAGUGCCAGGAUGAAGCGCACAUUUGCCGUCCUGCCGCCUCGUGAUGGUUCCUACUACACUAGCUAUGAUUGGCCCACUACGGAGCGUCGCACUAUUGGGCGAACUCCAAGUGGUAACCUCCGAGUCAUGAGACAUCGGUCCAGUGUUGAAUCUCUACGACGAAACUACAACGAUGACGAGAGGCCACAUUCGGCGGAUGGGGAAGUUAAAAGAUCAUUCUGGCGAGCCAAUAACAUGCACAGGCGCGCUAAUAAAGAAAAGAGAAGGCUUUCCCUGGGAAGCAAAUUAGAGGAGUUGCAGAACCUCCCGCGCAAAUUCAGCGAGAGGCGGCGUGAGAAGCGAUCACAAGAACUUCGCAAGAAGAUAAGUGGGCCAAAGGAAGUUCGUGAUGGGGUUGGAGAAGUCAUCAGAUCGAGCGCAGCUCGCGAUCAUUACAAGUCUCUCAAUAGGAACUGA